AUGUCGACCACAAUUCCUUAUCUGUUGGCUAAAAAUGCCAUCUUGAUGGGCUUCGCUCGCUUCGUGGGCUGCCGGAUACGCCCAUCAAUCGUAAUGUUGACCCCGACAGUCCACGACAAACCCGGCCACAACCGUGCGACGUGGCCGGUCCCACCGGGUUCGUCCCUUCCUUUCGCCUUCCCCUCCUCGACUAUUUGGACCCAGGGCCCAGAUCUGCUGUCAGCCGUCGGCAACCUGCAAAACAUUCGUGUAACCCGCAAAUCGGACAAAUAUGCCGUAACCCGCAAAAACCAUCGCAAAUCCAACCCAACCCGCAAACACGGAGUUGAAUAUCCGAAAAUACGUGUCCGAGGCCAAAAAGUUGAUACGGUCUUCAUCUGUCCGUUUGGUGGAAUCUUUCCCAUCAACGGUUCAUCUUAA